AUGGCAACUAACGGCCAUGCAUCUCGUACUAGCGACAAUCUCGACACCAGCUUUCCCGCUCCUUCUGCUCACGCACCUCGAGUCUUCUCGGUGGAAGGUUUCCGUGUGACGACGCAAAAACUCCCCAUUCUAAAAGCCGGGCCCAUCGAGGAGAUGACUUCCAAGCUCGGGAUUGCCCCGCCAGAAAUGAUCUUCGGCGACAAUUUGGUAGCCAUUGAACAUCCUGCUUCCAAUUGGGGGAUCAAAUUUGAUGCCUUUGGCGCUCUAGAUCGUGUGGAUAAGACGGGUGAGAAGAGAUUGAAAGUGGCAUAUUCCAAAGAAUGGCAUCAGAGUCGGGAAGACACUCAUGAUAUCAAAGAGGUCAUCAAACCAUUUGACUGGUCGUACACCACUGACUACAAAGGUGAUCUCGCCCCUGGCUCUCCCGAAUUCACCACUUCCUCAGAUCCUAUUCCUCUAGAGCUUUUGAAGAAACCAGAUCCCAUCUUGUUCUUCGAUGAUGUUAUCCUCUACGAAGACGAACUCGCUGAUAAUGGCAUCGCAAUGAUUUCAUGCAAGAUUCGCGUCAUGCCAGCACGCUUGCUCUUAUUGUGUCGCUUUUUCAUGAGGUUGGACAAUGUCCUUCUGCGACUUCGAGACACCAGGAUAUACAUUGAUUUUGGGAGGAAAGAGAUCAUUCGAGAGUAUGUGGAAAAGGAGCAAGCAUAUGACACGGUCCGAGAAGAUCUAGCAGGCCGUAGGGACGAUGUGACUGCGGUGCUGAGAGACUCCAAUCAAAUGGCCGAACUUCUACCAAUUGUCAACAAAACCCUCGAAAGCGUGCAGCUGGGCAAGUGA